UAAACCGAGGUGGAAGCAAAUAACCAUGCCGAGAGUCACCGUGAGAUCAUCCCUGAGGAGCAGAGAAUCCUCGAGCACCUCCACAGGACCAGACCCCCGAGAGAGGGUGAAGGACUGUUGCCGGAAAGUGAUAGCCUUCAUGUGCACGCAGGUCGGUGUAGGUGGCCUCGUGGUGAGCUACGCCAUCGUCGGGGCUUUCGGGUUCAUCCUCAUCGAAACUCAAGAAGAAUACGCAGCCCUGAGCCAAAUAGCCGGAACGAGGAAGGCCUUCGCCGAGGAACUGUGGACAGGCACAGCCGGGGACGUCAGGGUGAACGUUUUGGACCGGAAGGCCUUCCUGAAGAGAACCGACGCGAUCCUGAAGAGGUUCCAGGAACGAAUCACCCUGGCCGCAAAGGAAGGCUACGACGGCAGGUCGGCCAAGGAGAUCUGGACCUUCCCAGCGGCUCUGAUGUUCUGCUUAUCGGUUUUCACCAUGAUCGGCUAUGGGAACAUGGUCCCAAAGACACCGUGGGGCAAGGGUGUCACCGUCAUGUACGCCGUGCUGGGAAUCCCGCUUUACGUCCUCUACUUCCUCAACAUGGGCAAGAUCCUGGCGCAGGUCUUCAGGUGGCUGUACCGAUGGACACACGAGUGCAGCGGUGGCCAAAGAGCUCGCAUCACGGUCCCUUCGACUGCGUGUCUUUGGGUCCUCUUCGGCUACGUCAUCGGGGGCGCCAUUAUGUUCGGCGAAUGGGAAGGCUGGAAUUAUCUCGACAGCGCCUACUUUUGCGUCACCUCGCUUUGCAAAAUUGGCAUAGGCGACUUCGUGCCCGGUGCCAGAAUUUUAGAACCUGAAGACGGUAGCCAGACCAAGUUGGUGAUCAACUUUGUAUAUCUCCUCUUGGGCAUGGGACUGAUCGCCAUGUGCUACGACCUUAUGCGCGAAGACGUUCGCGUUAAGGCCAAAAAGCUUAAAAAUGACGUGACGAAGGCCAUGGCGGAAUUACGAAUAAGAAUGCUUUUAUGCUGCGGAAUGGAUCCAGAGUAGUGCUCGCAAAGGAAGUUGUGGAAAAAACGAGGCUGGACUUCCUCAAAGUGUUCUUUAGAAGGUCUGUCCGGUACUUCGUGUGCCGCGUAAAUGCAGACGCGUAUCCGCGCCGAUAAUUGCCCACGAUAAUCGCUUCUGUACCUGGACAUAUUUAGGUACUCACUUAAAAUUUACAUAAAGCAAGUAUAGAGAUACUGGAGGUCGUUCGCUGUAUAUAUUCGACCGAAAAUCAGAAGAUUUUCCCAUCGGCAGCCCCACUUCCUGAAUGAGCAGUGAUAUCGAUAAUGCAACGAAAACCCUUCCUGAUAUCAGGAAAAUUAACAGUAUUGAUUUACUUUUUGAUCAAUAGUUUUUGUAGAGUGUACGUAGGCCCGUAAUGUAAGAUGUACAUAAGUGUCGAACUGUAAUACGUUUAAUGUGUAUAAUACUUUUAUGAACUCAGCACGAAAGAGAGGCAACGGUAACUCAAGUAGUAUAAUUUAUUUGUACUUUUAUAAUGACUAUUAACAGCAUUUCUGGAAAGUCAGGUGUUUGGGAAACUGAGAGGGACUUUUUAAUAAGUAGAGUAAUUUUUCCUACGGACUUUAUAUUUUCUGUAUAAAUAAAUUAAGUAUAAUAGAGGUACGAUUAAGUUCCUCAUCAGCCCGUAUUUUCUCUCUUGUGUUUACUGGGAUACGUACUGAAAAAUAAACCUGUCGAGAGGGAUAUUGCUAUAUUGAACAUUGUCUGGUCGUUCGUGCACUGAGCAGAAAUCCAAGCAUGCAAAUGAGUUAUUGCAAAUGCAUUUGAAUGCAGUAUAUUCGGACGUGUUUCGAUACGAUUCUAAUUUGAGUGUAAAUGCGUGGCCUAGUAAUGUCCCGAAAAUAAA